AUGGCUUCAACCCAUGGACAAACUUGUGGCCUCCUCCGUCUUCCCAAUGAGCUCCUACUCUGGAUAUACGAAUCGCUGGACUGCUACACUGAUGUUUACGAACUGUCACACACUUGCCGUCGAUUGAGAGAUGUUUAUAUCAAUACGGGAAGGAGAGGCCUUCUGGAGAAAGUUGUUCGGAAUAAUCAAGAAUUCAGAUAUCCGUUUCCGCCCAAAGACUUACAUCGAGUGAGCCCCUCGGUUUACGCGUUCCACUCUCAGUUUAUCAAGGUGGACUACGAUUCACUUCCACCUGAGUUACGAAGCAAAGGCACGAUCCGCGAUACGCUUUACGGCAAACACCAUCUACCAGCCGAUGAAUUUGGAAAGUCGCUGCACGAGUUCCUAGACCAAUUCGAAGGCGUGAGAAACAAAUGGGCGGAUAUGGCGUACAGCUAUAUUUCGAAGAGUAAAUUCCGCUGGGAAUUUAUUGAGGUCGUCGAGUUGAGCGCACGCUACCAGAAGGCCCUACAUAAUGCUCUGAAGGAAAAGCCACACAGUUUGUUCGAAAGCACAACGCUCGUGGCUCUUGCUCUGCGUUGCCUCGUUCUGGCAAUUGACCUCGGUCGAUUCUUCGAUCAUAGCGGAGACCUUCCUAACAAAACUAGUCGUCAUGUUCUGGUGCAUGAAGGUGGCAUCGUGAGACCUAGACCUGACCGAGAAACGGAGGGUGUGCUGCCCAAAAUCGAGUUUUCUGAUGACAGACAGGACUUCUUAUCACAACCGUACCAGGAACCUGAUGCUGACGGGAAGGACGACUUGUUAUCGAUGCUUACCUUUGUCGUUCAGAUGAUGCUGAUGCAAAUGGUUGAGAACCGCGCACAUUCGUGGCUAGCCAACAUCCUCACGCUUUGCAUCAUGUCCCGUCUGCCCAAAAUCUUCGAAGGAGGGCGCUGGCGGCGUCGCCCGCCAGCCAUGUGGCUGAUGUGGCCCACGCUGGGAGAUACCCUCGCCAAACUCUUCAAGGAACUCUGCAGGCAUCACGAGAGGCUUAUUGAAACCAGCCCACUGAGCCAUGACUGGAACGAAGACCAGUACGAUUAUGAGUCGGAGGUGGAAUAUGGGAUCUCUACCAAAUAUGCGCUUGAAUUGUACCACCUUUGGUUGGAAUAUGGCGAGGGUAAGCCGCCCAUGACUCCUCGAGUAUAUUACUCUAUCAGAUUGAGCACAACUAAUAGGAGUAUUGUCCUGCGCAGGAUUUCCGUUCGAGGCUUCGGUGGGUCACAGAUUUCCAACAGAGCACCCAAAACUGCAGGCACGAAUUGA